AUGAGCACUCCUGCAGCCCCCAGCCUGGCUGUGCCCUCCUCAGCAGGACCCAUCCCCUUCCCUGCCACCCUGGCCAUUGUGCUGAGCUGCCUGCUCUCGGGGGCGCACAGCCAGACCCCUGGACCCCUCCAGGAGAGCGCGGUGCCCCUGGGGGAGCUGGGCCGGGAGCAGCCCCAGGGCCUGGUGCAUGUUGGGCUGCCAGGGGCCGUGCCCAACGCGUCGGGCGCCGCCGGGAGCCGUCCCUCGGAGGCGCCGCUGCUGCCCGUGUGCGCCCGGCCCGCCGACAUCCGCCACGCCUUCAAGUACAUCAACACCAUCGUGUCCUGCACCAUCUUCGUCGUGGGCAUCAUCGGCAACUCCACGCUGCUGCGCAUCAUCUACAAGAACAAGUGCAUGAGGAACGGCCCCAACGUGCUCAUCGCCAGCCUGGCCCUGGGCGACCUGCUCUACAUCCUCAUCGCGCUGCCCAUCAACGUCUACAAGCUCCUGGCCAAGGACUGGCCCUUCGGCGUGCAGGUCUGCAAGCUGGUGCCCUUCAUCCAGAAAGCCUCUGUGGGCAUCACAGUGCUCAGCCUCUGUGCCCUCAGCAUUGACAGGUACCGAGCCGUGGCGUCCUGGAGCCGGAUCCAGGGCAUUGGGAUCCCCAUGUGGAAGGCUGUGGAGGUGCUGCUGAUCUGGGCAGUGGCCAUCGUGCUGGCCGUGCCCGAGGCCAUCGCCUUCGACAUGGUGGAGCUGAGCUACUGGGAGCAGCACCUGUGGGUGUGCAUGCUGGCCUCGGAGCAGAAAUCCCGCUUCAUGAGGUUCUACCGGGAUGUGAAGGACUGGUGGCUUUUUGGCUUCUAUUUCUGCCUACCCUUGGUGUGCACAGGCAUCUUUUACACCCUCAUGUCCUGUGAGAUGCUGAGCAAGAGGAAUGGGAUGAGGAUCGCUCUGAAUGACCACAUGAAACGGCGCCGGGAGGUGGCCAAGACCGUGUUCUGCCUGGUGGUGAUCUUUGCUCUCUGCUGGCUGCCCCUGCACCUCAGCCGCAUCCUCAAGAAAACCAUCUACGACCAGACGGACCCCAACCGCUGCGAGCUGCUCAGCUUCCUCCUGGUGAUGGAUUAUUUUGGGAUCAACAUGGCCUCCCUCAACUCCUGCAUCAACCCCGUGGCUCUGUACUUUGUCAGCCGGAAAUUCAAGAACUGCUUCCAGUCCUGCCUGUGCUGCUGGUGCCAGAGGCCGGCCCUGAGCAUCACCCCCACGGAUGAGAAGGGCUCUGUUGGCAAGUGGAAAGCCACGGGGCAGGAGCUGGGGCUGGACCGGAGCAGCUCCCGCCUGAGCAACAAGUACAGCUCCUCCUAAAGCCGUGUCACUGUCCAGGACAAGGCACAGGGACAGCAGGGCCCCUCCGAUCCUCCCCCGGGCUCUCCCUGGCUGGGCCUGGAUCUGCUUUGCCGUCGUGUCCUCACCCAGCUGGAAGGAGCUGGAGCACUCCCCAGGACCUGCUCCAAGCCCUGACCCCAGAGGUCCCCUCAGGAGAGGGAAGGGCAUUCACAUCCUCACAGGAUUUUUCAUUUCCUCCCAGGAAAACCAAGGGACUUCUGGCCAUUGCCUCUGGGUGGAACAUGGGGUUGGGGGAUGCACGUGGGAAGGGAAGGAACAUUGGGGUGGUCACUCUGUGGGGUGAGGAGGAGAGGGAGAGUGA